AUGCUUCAGUUUGGAGAUGAAGUCACCCUCUACUCGCUGGUAUUCGUGCUGGUCCUGGUGGGAACCCGGAGCCCCAUGUGGUCCACUGCCCUCACCGCCUCCCUCUAUCUCUUUCUAGCCAUGUUUAGGUUCCCUCCGGUGGCGACCAGUCGGGCGCAGAAGGUGCUGCACCCACUAGUGGGGAAGGUGUCCGUGGUCGCUCACCGCGGCGGGGGACACGAUGCACCGGAGAACACCAUAGCAGCUAUACGGGAGGCCAGUAGGAAUGGCGCCACUGGUGUGGAGUUGGACCUGGAGUUCUCAGCUGAUGGGAUCCCCAUACUAAUGCAUGACGAAACUGUAGAUCGGACCACCAACGGUUCGGGCCCACUCAGCAAGAUGAGCUUUUCAGAGCUGCGUAAAUUGGAUGCAGCUGCUAAACAUCGGCUCAGGUCCAAGUUUGUUGGUGAGAAGAUCCCGACUCUGGAAGAGGCAGUGAAAAAAUGCAUCAAGCUGCAGCUCACCAUCUACUUUGAUGUCAAAGGUCAUCCAGACGAGGCAGCUGCGGCGCUUAAAGACGUGUACAAGAGAUAUCCAGUCCUGUACAAUAGCAGCAUUGUGUGCUCCUUCGAGCCCAAAGUCAUCUACAGGAUGAGGCAGAGCGACCCUGAAGUGCUCACAGCGUUGACCCACAGACCGUGGAGCCUGAGCACUCUCGGUGACGGUACCCCACGUUUUUCAUCCAUGUGGAAACAUCACUGGAUGACCAUGAUGGACAUCCUGCUGGACUGGGCUCAUCACCACCUGUUGUGGAAGCUAUGCGGCGUCUCGGCCUUCCUGAUACAGAAGAACUUUGUAUCACAGAAUUAUAUCCAGUACUGGGCUCAACGGGGAGUGGAGGUUGUAGCCUGGACCAUCAACACUAAAUUGGAGAAAGAGUAUUUCCAGGAGGUGCUACACAUCAAUUACAUCACUGACAGCCUCGUGGAAGACUGUGAACCUCAUUACUGAGAAACACCCAACCAUAGGUGCACUUAACUUCUCAUUAUGAGAUGACAGUGGGAGGUUUUAACCAUUUCUCAGCUGUAGGCCCUCUUCUCACCGGAGUAAGACCAUGUGACGCAUUAAAAACCUGCCUGAACGCAGGAAACAUCUCCUGGGUUGCACAUUGUACAUAGUGUGUGCUUCAUUAUGACGUAGGUUAGAGUUCCACCACUGAAAAGCACAUACACCUUCAUAAGGUUGCUACAAUAUGUUUAAGCAGUUGUUUGUGUCGUUUGUGUCACAGAAAAAAAAAACAACCUGAGAUCGUAUUCACUGAUGGGGAGGGAGGUGAAAGAGUAAAAAAAAAAAAAAAAAAAAA